AUGGACAAUGUACUAACAACGUGGAUCGAGCACAACGCGCCGCCUGUCAACCAGGCCUGGGCGUUCCAAAAGGCGAUCGAAAGUAAACGAACUCCUCCAAACCCGCCCGACCAAAUUGCGCAGCGCAAAGACCGGUUUCGUAUAGCGAUAAGAACUCUUCUUCCAAAACUACAAAAUCCAGAGUUUCGGAAUGCUUUUGAAGAUGCGACAACUUGGGAGGAUGUUCGUGCAGAGGCACAAAAAGCCAUGGAUCAUCGAUUUGAGAAUAGGAAAUCGAUGAACCCAUUCCGCAAGACUAUCCGAGCGAUCGGCAAUGUAGCCUCGCGCCUCGAAUUUUUGACCGUUCUUCUUCCUAGUGGAGAUUAUAUAGGAUUGCUCUGUGGAGGCUUGAAGCUAGCUUAUAACGCUGCAAAUCGUAUGAGUGCAGUUCGGUCGGUAAUAUUGAACUCUCUGGAUGCGUUAUCGUACCCAAUUCAGGAUACUGCGCCAUAUUUCUAUGUCUAUGCGUGGAAUGAUACUUUGAUGGACAGAGCACAUGCGUUGUACGUGACUAUUUUAGAUGCGGUGGAGAAAAUUAUGACAUGGAUUGCAAAGUCACAGGGUGUUCGUGGCGGACUGAUGCAAGGAGCUAAGGCCCUUUUUGAGGGCGAUGAUUAUGGCCAGGAAUUGGAGGACGCGGUAACUACGGCUGUGAGUGAAAAGGCAAGCCAAUUCGAAGCUGCAGUGCGCACGUGUCUGAGUAUCGAAGUCCACGACAUCGGAUUAAAUGUCGUUCAUGUCGGCAAAGAGCUCGACCAAAUGCAUGGUGACAUGACAAAGCUUUUACACUCAAAUGUGUCUGCACAGAGCCUGGAGAAUCUACUCCGCGAACAAUUAACACCAUGUAGGCGAGAAACUUCCUCUAGCAACAAGCAAUGGCCAUAUAGUGUAUCAUCAAAUUCUAAUGAUUCAAAUCUCAUAGUGACGAAAGCCGUGGCCGAACUCAUGGAACGUAUGGAUAGAAGUUGCACCCCGCAAAGAAUCCAGCCAACAAUAUCGCUAGAUCAAAUCCUCGCUGCACUUGAUUUAGUCAACAUUCGAAGUAAUAGCUCUGAUACACGAGAGGAAGUCAUAAGCACAAUAGGUGCGGAAAGAAACUUUGUUUUCUUUUUCGGUCGCACUCUACCCGGUGGCGUGCAGGGGCGUAUUUCCUCUGUGCUUCGAGAUCAUCGAUUUCAACACUGGCUUCAAGGCAUUGAAUCCCGAGUUCUAGUUAUCCCCGGGUCCAACUCCGAUCCACUCCAAGAGGAUACCGUAUCGCCUUUGAGUUACAUGUGUGCCCUGCUCAUGAGAAGUGUCUCAUCCGUCCCAUUCAUCCAUACAAUCACAUUUUUCUGCCGCUUGCACUUGGAACCAAAAGAUGGCGCCACUGGAGCAAGUGGAAUUAUGAGAUCACUUAUUGCACAGACAGCACUUUCGCUUGCAGAGUCAGACUCGCUUGACCUCACGUAUCUGGGUGAUGACUUCCUAGAACUAAUUACGAUGGACGACUUAGUCGCUCUGUGCCGCCUGUUUGAGGAUAUUCUGAAGCCUCUCGAUUCUGGAGUCAUAAUUUGUAUGAUUGAUGGUAUGGACUUCUUUGACAAUUCCUUCAACUUACCAGGAAUGGACUUGAUCAUGCCGUUCCUCAACAGUUUGGUCGGGAAUAUCGAAGCCAGUAAUAGUGGCUUGGUCUUCAAGCUCUUGGUUACCUCUCAUAUGGGAGGUGGAUACUACCCCGAGUGGUUCCCGAUUCGUAGUGAACUAUCUAUGAUAGAUCAUGAUGUUCUUGAUGAUGGUGUUGAUGUGAACGAAUUAGCAGAAUCUUUGAUACUUUGA